UCCCUUUUACGUGCCAUGAGAGGUCCAACUUUCUUCGCCUGGCAGGAUGCGGGACUUUCCCUUUCGACCACAAGUAACGAGGCUUGUAAACUGUUUGAUGCUGCGUUGACUCAGUAUGUGACUUGGGCGAACGAUCAGAGUCUCGGGGGCCUUGAAGGAACCCUUUCAAAACUACACGCUGCGGAUCCUAGCUUUGUCAUGGGUGAGGUGAUUGCCAACGGCCUGGUCCUGGUUGGCACUGGGAGUUCGGUGCGGCUGGACAGGAAACUGGACGAUGCCAUCAAGAAAAUGGUGUCCCUCUCACACUCUCAGCCACUGGCUGAGCGGGAGAAGAUGCACGUGUCCGCCCUGGAGUUCUUUGCUCGUGGGCAGCUGCUUAGAGCCUGUGAUACGUGGGAAGAAAUCCUACAGAGCAAUCCAACUGACUUGUUGGCCCUAAAAUUUGCCCACGAUGGCUAUUUUUAUUUGGGAUACCAGACUCAAAUGAGAGACUCCAUUGCCCGAGUUUAUCCUCACUGGACCCCAGAUAUUCCUCUUAGUAGCUACAUUAAAGGCAUGUACUCCUUUGGACUGGUAGAAACCAAUUUCUUUGAUCGUGCUGAGAAGCUGGCCUAUGAGGCUUUAGCAAUCAACCAGAGAGAUGCAUGGUCUGUCCACGCUUUAGCUCACGUGAAUGAAAUGAAAGCAGAUCUGAAGAGCGGACUGGCCUUCAUGAAGCAAACUGAAAACAACUGGAAGGACAGCGAUAUGCUUGCGUGCCAUAAUUACUGGCAUUGGGCUUUAUACUUCAUUGAAAAGGGUGACUAUGAGGCUGCUUUGACCAUUUAUGAUACCCACAUUGCUCCCAGCUGCCGGUUGAGCGGGACCAUGCUGGAUGUUGUCGACAAUUGCUCCAUGCUAUAUAGGCUUGAAUUAGAAGGGGUGAAGGUGGGCAAUAGAUGGAAAGAAGUAAACCAGCUGACGAAGAAACAUGCCCAUGACCACAUCCUGAUCUUCAACGAUGCCCAUAUUCUGAUGGCCUCCUUAGGUGCUCAAGAUCAAAACACUUCCAGUGAGCUUCUGACCACUUUGCAGGACUUGGCCCAGACUCCUAAGGAAGAUCACGAGCUGAGCCUGGUUCCAAAAUUGGGGCUGCCCCUUCUGCAAGCAUUUGUGGAGUUUGACAAAGGACAUUACGACAAGGCAGUGGAACUCCUGUAUCCCAUUCGAUAUCAGAUUGUGGAAAUAGGAGGGAGUAAUGCCCAGAGAGAUAUUUUUGCCCAGUUACUGAUUCAGGCUGCUUUAAACUGUAAAUCUAAAGCUAACCAAAGACUUGCUAGAUGCCUCCUUAUGGAACGCGAUGAACUCAGACCAAAUUCACCAUUAACUGAGCGACUGAUGCGGAAAACAGUAGCUGUUCACGCCCUGGGAUAAACCCAAUAUCAUGUACAAGUUUCAAGUCAAGGAGAUAGUUGGUGUCCAGACUUGCAUAAAUCCAAAAUUAACAGUCCUAGGAAAGUAGUAUUUUGGAGAUUUACCCUUGCUUAAUUUUGUCUGAUCUUGAUCUUGCCCGCUUAGUUUAAAUGUUGGUUGUUUCUGUACAUCUCUACAGAAGCAAAAUGCAGCCAGAUACAGCUCACUUUCUGUUGGCAAUGCUAAUUUACAAAUACUAUUAAAAAAUCAGUGGGGUACAGUUAAAUGCUUGUGGUCUGCAGAGCCAUAAGCCAAACUUUUGAUUGUUUGGAAAGUACAAAUUUAUUGCCUGUUUUAAAUUCUGGAUGUCAAAUGUAUACACGCACAUAAACAUUUUAUGUAAUAAAUGAGUCAGUGUGGAGCAUCA